GUUUGGAUUGAUUGAAUAGUAGAAAAAUGGGAGCGAAUGAAAGCAGGGGAGGCUCUGGCUCUGGGAACAAUGAUGAGGACGGUGAUGGCUCUAGGAGGAAGAGGAACACCGGUGCAAUUGUAGGCGCUGGCGCUGGCGCUGUUGCUGGAGCUCUGCUGGCCUAUGGUUUAUCCAGAAAGGUUUCAGGUUCAGGUUCAGGUUCAGAAUCGCAAUUAGAGCAGGAGGAGGAGGAGGAGAAGCCGGGCAGAGGAGAUGUCCUAAUUUCACGUGCUGGUCUUGACCCCAAAAAAAAGGAGCCAACUAUGCUGGCGUGGAAGCCUCCCCCUCCCUCUACCAUGAAGUUGAAUGUUGAUGGGUCUAGAAAGGAUUCUAGUGGUGCUAUUGCUGCUGGGGGUCUUAUUCGAAACUCUGCUGGUGAUUGGAUAGCAGGUUUCUCUGCCAAUUUGGGUCAUGGGGAUAUUGAGUAAGCAAUAUUCAUAAUGAAAAAUACAAGAAGCCAUGAGUGCCACAACACAAGGCCUCUUGUGAAAAUAGAAU